AAAAAUUUUGUUUCUCAAUAUCUCGGUUAAUUAUUGACCAAACCCCAUGAAAUUUGACUCAGGGAUGGACAAUGGGAUCCUCUUUCAUAUUCCAAAGGCUGAUCCGGAUCUGAUCCAGAAGACUGAUUUUAUCGCAAUUUAUAUAAAAAAUGGGGGUAGUCCUUGGCGGAGGUCUGUGCUCUCUGAGUGCUUUUCUAGUUUAGUUCUGUUUUGUUUGUUACGACAUGACUCUGCUAAGGUCAGGGAGGUAACAAAAACCAAAAUGGUAAAAAAAAAAAAGGAAGUAAUUUAAUUAACAGAAAUGUAAAGGUUAAAUAACAAAAGUGGUCUAAAAUAUGUGCACAAAAUAACCUAAACUAAGACAACAAAAUAAUAAUGACUCACAUAAGUCAAUAAAAAAAAUUAUGACAAAUUAAGGGACACAUACACAAAACAAAACCACAGAUGUUCCCAAAACAAAAGUCAAAUAAACCUGCCAACAGAAUCAACUGACAACUAAAAAGACACAAAACAGAACUAAACUACCUAGUGUCUCACACACAAAGUUAGACUAACAACAAAAAAGUGAGACACAGACACAAAAUGGCAGACUGGCCACAGAGGUCAGCAGCCUCCAACAGGUUUGGCUGAUCUUCUUAUAGGAGGAGGUGGCUGCAGAGGAGACAGGAUUGGCCAGGUGAAGAGGUGCCCCCACCAAUCACAAACCAGCAAGCAGCAACCAAACAGGGCUGUACAGUGUAUCGACAAGCUUGUGAGUUCUAUUGAGGGAUUUUCUAUCUGCUCUGACACAACUUCCUGCCUGGAGCCCUGUGCCGAGUCCUACAUUGGCCCAUAUUGAACCGCUGGUGAGGGAGAGUUGAGUAGACAAGCAGAAAUAUACAGAUGAGUUGCUCUCUUUGCAGGAUUUGGACGUGAUUCUGGCGUGGCAAAGCUCUUCUGGCAUGUUUUUGUGGAGGCAACGCUACACCAAGCACAGGCCAUUUUCUGGGUUACUUUCUCCAACCGCAAACUAAUCCAGGAUGGACCAUGGAGACCGAGGCAUGGGCGUCUCACAGUUGCGUUAUGAGGAAGAGGAGGACCACCAGUCCAUCUACAUCGGUGUGCCAGUCCCUCGUGGGUACAGGAGGAAGCGCAGGAGAAGGAGGUCCAGUCGGGAGGGCUCGUCCGACAUGGAGCGUGACCGAAGACACGCCCACAGACCACAGCCCGAAGAUCGCUAUAGAGACGUAGACCUGGAGGAGGGGCUUACAGACUCCAACGACCACAGCCUGGCAGACAUGAGCCGCACGGUGUCUCCAGCUGCAGAGAGGCUGCGAUAUAUUCUGAGUGAGGACGAUGACUUCCCCACACCAACACUCUUCACUGAAAUGGACACUCUACAGCGAGAGGGAGACGAGCUGGAGUGGAAGGAGUCUGCCAGAUGGGUGAAGUUCGAGGAGAAGGUGGAGGAGGGAGGAGAGCGAUGGAGUAAACCACAUGUGUCCACACUGUCUCUACACAGUCUGUUUGAGCUCAGGACAUGUCUUCAAACCGGAACUAUCUUACUCGACCUGGACGGAUAUUCAUUACCGCAGAUAAUUGAUGACAUCAUUGAGAGACAGAUCGUGGAGGGCAUGAUCACUCCAGAUUUACGGGACAAAAUCAGUUUUGUUUUGCUGCGGAAACAUCGUCACCAAACCAAGAAGCCCAUCCACCGCUCUCUGGUCGACAUCGGCAAAUCUGGCUCGUCCAAUGGAAGUCGGCCAGUGGGACCCAGGGGUGCAGGGGGGGCGGGAGCAGGACCUGGCCCCGCCCCCAGCUUCAACAGAUCCACUGAAGACCUCCGGACAAAGCAGCAGCCAGCCAACUACGGCCGACUGCGGCAUGCCCAGAGUCGCAGCAUGAAUGACAUUUCAGAUACGCCAAGCACAGAUCAGCUGAAAAACAAGUUCAUGAAGAAGAUCCCCAGAGACGCAGAGGCCUCAAAUGUUUUAGUGGGAGAAGUGGAUUUCCUCACCAAACCUUUCGUGGCUUUUGUCCGUUUGGCCCAAGCGACUACACUGGGGGGACUAACGGAGGUUCCAGUGCCCACCAGGUUCCUGUUCAUCCUUUUGGGACCUCAAGGAAAGGCCAAGUCUUAUAAUGAGAUUGGUCGGGCUAUAGCAACCCUAAUGGUGGAUGAUCUGUUCAGUGAUGUGGCGUACAAGGCCAGAGACCGCGAGGACCUGAUUGCUGGAAUAGAUGAGUUUUUGGAUGAAGUGAUUGUGCUUCCUCCUGGAGAAUGGGACCCCAAAAUACGCAUCGAACCACCCAAGAAGGUCCCCUCAGCUGACAAAAGGAAGUCGGUGUUCUCCUUAAAUGAACUGGGCCAAAUGAACGGGACGGCAGGAGGAGGGGGGCGUCUGUCUGCGGAUGAGGAGAUGCCAGAGCAGCACGAGCUCGGGGAGGAGCUGGCCUUCACCGGACGUUUCUGUGGGGGCCUCUACUUGGAUAUAAAGCGUAAACUGCCCUGGUUCCCAAGUGAUUUCUACGAAGGUUUCCACAUCCAAUCUAUCUCUGCAGUCCUCUUUAUUUACUUGGGCUGUAUCACCAACGCCAUCACGUUCGGAGGUCUUCUGGGAGAUGCCACUGACAACUACCAGGGUGUGAUGGAGAGCUUCCUGGGCACUGCUUUGGCCGGCUCUGUCUUCUGUAUGUUUGGAGGACAGCCUUUAAUCAUCCUUAGCUCCACUGGGCCAAUCCUCAUCUUUGAAAAACUGCUCUUCGAAUUCAGCAAGAAGAACAGCAUAGACUACAUGGAGCUGCGUCUGUGGAUCGGGAUUCACUCCUGUUUGCAAUGCUUUUUGUUGGUGGCGUUUGACGCCAGCUACAUCAUCAAAUACAUGACACGUUUCACCGAGGAGGGCUUCUCCAGUCUCAUCUCCUUCAUCUUUAUCUCUGAUGCCAUUAAAAAGAUGGUGGGAGCAUUCAAAUACUACCCCAUCAAUACAGACUUCAAACCAGACUACGUGACGACCUACAAGUGCGAGUGUGUGGCGCCUAACCCGAUGGCUGCAAUGCUCUCCCGUGUUCAGUCCCAGUGCCAGAUAACACCUCCUCUCUGUCUGGGUUGAAUUUGACAGGCGUGGACUGGACCCAGCUCAGCAAAAAGGACUGCCUGACGUACGGAGGGACUCUGGUUGGGAAAUCGUGUAAAUAUGUCCCAGAUUUGGCUCUCAUGUCCUUCAUCCUCUUCUUCGGGACCUACU